CUUCAUUACUGCAUUCACUUCUUAAAGUUCAAUGGCAUAGGGACUUCCCUGGUGGUCCAGUGGGUAAGACUCCGCGCUCCCAAUGCAGGGGGCCCGGAUUCGAUCCCUGGUCAGGGAACUAGAUCCCGCAUGCAUGCCACAACUAAGAAGUCCGCAUGCUGCUGCUAAGAGAUUCCGCAUGCCGCAAAGAAGAUCUCUCGUACCCAAACUAAGACCCGGUGAGGCCAAAAUAAAUAAAUCAAUCAAAAUAAAUCAAAAAAAAAAUUCAAUGGCCUAAUGUUUGGACAGGUUUCACCUGCUCUGUGGCAACAUUUCCCGGCGAGUAUUCUUUAGCUGUUGGAAACUCUUGCUAGUCUUUUCCUCUUUGACUUUAGUUUGAUGCUGUAUAUUACUCGUUGCAUGGGCCAGGUAUUUGCCUGAGGCUCCUGCAGAAGGGGCCAGGGUAGCCUUCCAGGCUAGCUGGUUUUCCCCACCUCCAUCAGCCACAGACACAGGCCUGCUUCUUAUGACUACGGCCCAUCAUGUGAUUCUUUGUGCAGCCCCACAUGUAGGAUUAAAGAUGGCCACAAAUUCUUUGCUGAUCUAUUCAGGGGUGGAAUCUAUUCCUCCCAUCCUUCGAAUCUGGGACGUCUUAGUAAUUUGCUUGACAAAUAGAAUGUGGUGAAAGUGACAUUGUGUAGCUUCCAAACUAGCUCAUAAUAUGCCUCUCAGCUUUGGCCCAGGCCACUCGGAGGUAUUGCUCUGGGGGAAGUCGGCUACCACAGAAGUCUGACUACCCUGAGACCACUAUGCUCUGAGGAAACCCAAGCUGGCUGCAUAGUGAGGCCGCGUGGAGGGAGAGGCCUGACAAACGGAGGCACCAGACGCGCGAGUGAAGGAGACUUCAGAUGACUCAUCCUUAGGCACCAUCUGACAGCAAUCGUAUGAGGAGCCCCCAGCAAAAGCCACCAGCUGAGCCUGUCUCAUCCCAGAACUGCGAAAGAUAAUAACUUGUUGUUCUAACUAAGUCACUAAGUUUGGGGACUUCCCCGGCGGUCCAGUGGUUAAGACUCCGUGCUUCCAACGCAGGGGGCACGGGUUCGAUCCCUGGUUGGGGAACUAAGAUCCCACAUACCAUGCGGCCGAAAAAAAGAAAAAAUAAAUAAGUCACUAAGUUCAUUACACAGCAAUGGAUAACCGAAACACCCACCUCCACUGGUGGUGUGAACCUAGACGUUUGGUUUCUGCUUUCAGCGUUGCUCACCCAGUUCCCAUAACUGCUUGAGGCUGCAUCCUCCACCUUUAGGAGGUGUAGAUAUUUCUGGAGCUUUCUCACCUCUGUGCCCUCUGAGCCCUCCUGCAUGUCACAUUUCAUCCCUCUUCCUUCACUUUCUUUUUUGGGAUUUCUGCCUCAUAUCAGGCACUUUGGCAGCCUUUUCACAUAUUUUACAGUCUGCAAAUUAUAUUUGUCCCUGAGUUUCACCAAAAAAUAUUGUCUGUGGGUUUUCCCCUCCAUUUUUCUUAUUGUUUUUGAAUGAUUUCCAAGAAAAGAGAGGAGAAUGCUUAUUUCUACUGCCAUUUUCAUAGCAUGUCACCACCAUAUUUUUUAAAUGGCUACAAUUCUUUUAAAUGCACCAUAACCAAUCACCUAUUAAUAGACAUUAAGGUUGUUUCCAGCAUUUCACUGCUACAAGCAGUGCUGCAAUGAAAAUCCUUCUACAUCUAACCUUCUCACACUCAAACACAUAUUUCUGUAGGAUAAUUUUCUACAAGUAGAAUUUGGGGGUCAAGGGCAAUGGCUGAUUGAAGGAUUUUUAUGCCACUUCAGAAUGUGGCAAAACAGCUCAUUUUGCUAGAGCUGAAGCUACAGUGCCCCUUAAGGAAAUUCCCUCAGCCCUUAUUGUUGGGCUGUUGCGUUGCUUGGUGUAUCCAGUCUGUGAAAAAACCAGUCCAGUCCAAUUUGGAUAGAAAUAUGUAAUUACCAGGACUUUUCCAGUUGAAGCUUCCUGGUCUCAAAAAGCAGGGUAUGUAGAGAGGUAGGAUGAAACAGAACAAGGAACACAACACAGCACCACAGUUAGGGGCAAAGAACCAGGCUGGGUGUCAAUACCCAGACUCUCAGACCUGCGUGUGAAUACCAAUUCCACCAAUCAACAGCUGUGCAAAUUGGGCAGAUCGCUUAACCUCUCUGACCCUUACUUUCCUAAUCUGUAAAAUAAGGAUAGUAAUAGUACCUACCUCAUGAGGCUAUUGUGAAGACUAAAAAAGAAAUGUAAUUGAAACCACUGUGUCUGUCCCAUAGCAUGUGCUCAACAGCUGUCAGCUAUGGUUAAUAUAACACAAAAGAUCCUCCUGCCUUCCAAAUUUUAUGGCAUAGGGGCAGAGGAGACAUGGAGAAAAGGAUGAAGUUUAGCAGCUUCCAGGAAGAGAUUUUCCCAUUACCUGUAAAAGCAUAUUGCUGAGAACAAACAGAAUGGAUAAGGGAAGAGAGGGGAGGGAAGCGAGGCCAGGGCAAGAAGAUUUCCUGAAGGAAACAUCCACAGUAGGAGGUAGAACUCUGGGUUUCUGAGAAGGGGCAAGCGGGGAUUAAAUGGCUUAGUAUCCAGGUUACAGGUGUGUUAAUGGGCACUCUGCUCUUUCUAUGGGCAUGAUCCGAUCGAUAGACAUGUCACAAACCCUUGAUCUUUUAACAGAUACUGAUUGAUUACUCCUCACCCCCUUGGGCAUAAGACAGAUGUAUAAAAACUUGUUGCACAGGAUGUCUGAAUGGGUGGUGUCCCUCGCGUUGUUCAGUGCACAGCUUGCACAACUGUACAUGGCAGUCCUGCCUGGACUCCACCUCAAGCAUUUUUUGCUUUGCAUUGUGAACCAUCAUAUGGACCACAAGGUUCCCGAGGGCGGGAACGUGGAUUACAUAAUUUUUUAUACUCCCACAAGUGCUUGGCACUCAGUUGAUGAUCAGUAAUUCUCCCUGGGACUUCCCUGGUGGCACAGUGGUUAAGAAUCCGCCUGCCAAUGCAGGGGACAUGGGUUCAAUCCCUGGUCCAGGAAGAUCCCACAUGCCGCCAAGCCACUAAGCCCGUGCGCCACAACUACUGAGUCUGCGCUCUAGAGCCCGCGAGCCACAACUACUGAGCCCGCGUGCCACAACUACUGAAGCCCGCACGCCUAGAGCCCGUGCUCCGCAACAAGAGAAGCCACCGCAAUGAGAAGCCCGCCCACCACAACGAAGAGUAGCCCCCGCUCACCACAACUAGAGAAAGCCUGCGCGCAGCAACGAAGACCCAACGCAGCCAAAAGUCAAUAAAUAAAUUUUUAAAAACAUAAUAAUUCUCCAUUAGCAACUCUGUGAGGGGGCCUCUUCUGACCAGCCUUUUUGGGCCUGCCCCUGACCCUCCAGGCAUACUCAGUCCAAGCUCCACACACCCCCAUCGGCAUCUAGUAAACCCCACUCGGCCCGCCCUCCCCUUGAGACCAGAUCAAUUCAAGCAACAGGAGGUCAUUAAUAUCAGAACUCUCAGAGGGAAAGGAGCUUCAAGUUCUUGUCAUUGAGGGCCACAGGAUGUAGCCCUGUGACCUGCAGGAUCCCAGAGAGCAGCCUCCUUGAGCGCACGCUGCAAUGCGGGGAUCCUAUCCCAGCCCUUAUCUAUGCAGGAUUCUAAAGGCCCUGGGGCCAUUGUUGGAGAGCUCUUAUUUUUGGGUGCUUCCUCAUACCAAGCCACUCCCCACCCCCACAGAGUGGUUUGCACCCUGGUCCCCAUCCUGUCCUCUGUAGUCCCACACAAAAAGCCUAAUCUCAUGUUUCAGCAAAUAUGAAACUAUGAGACCCCACUCAGGCCUCUUGGGUUCCAGCCCAGCCUAGACGCAAUUCUUCUGAAGGCUGCUCCCUGUCCUUCCUCUGAAGGUGCUUUUAUCCCUAGGCUGGGGUGGGAGGAAGGAGGCCCGGGACGCCACACACACCAGGCGCCUGCCUCUGUCCACUGUCACCCGCUCAGCCAGAGCCUGGCUCCCAGACAGGCGCAGAGCCAAAGUAGAGCAGUCAGCACAUCGGAAAGAAAAGGCUGUGCAUUCCCGCUUCCUUCUCGGCAAGUUUCCCAAGCAACGGGGCUCCUCGGGCUGCCGGCCAAAGAGCCUGGGCAGAAAUAAAUCUCCCCAGUCAGGGCUCCUUCAGGGCUGCCCUUUGGCGAAAGUGCCCCCAGUCUUCCUGAGAGCCCCUCAGCCAUCGCAGCAGGCUCUUCCCUGGAGUUAGGUGUAGUGGGGAGCAUGUUCCUCCCCCAGGAUCCGUGCCGUCAGGUUUGGGGAUAGGACCAAGUUUUCCCAGCACAAGUGAGAAGGACACAGGCACCUCUCAUCUUCCAGGACAAGGGUCAUGGACAUAUCUUCUCCUGGAAGCCAGCAACUCACCUGCCCCUACCCUGUCCCACACCCCCCUUUCCAGGAAGGAAAGGUAAAACUCAACUCUUGUCACUCCCUGGGGUUUGGGGGCAGAUGCAGGUGACCGCCUGGGCAUGGGGAGACACCUUCCCCUGAAUGAGAAACUGAGGCCUCAGGGGUUGAGCAGAGAACGAGAGAGGCUGGACCUGGAUUGGUCCCAAGAAACAGAAUGCCUGUGGGCGUGCUCAGCGGGGGGGAUGGGGGGCAUAUAAGCCCUCCUGUCCCAGAAGCAGACAAGAGGUGAGGGAGGGGUGUGAGUGACACCCAGGAAGACAGCAGAGGCUGAGGAGCUCAGGAGAGGCCGGAACAGCCCUGCAGAUAAGGCUCUGGGUUUUCUCUCCUUUGGGGCCAAAGCCAGAGAAAGCACAGCCAGUUGCAUAAUCCUUCUAUUUGCUCAGAUCUACAUUUUGUCCUGAAGCUCCCUGCCCUGGGAGGUGAUUGAGGAAGGCACCCAGCAAGGACUGGGCAGGGAGUCAGCAGGCGAGCAAAGGAGCGUGCCGGGUCUUCAGCCUUUUUUCCACCGCUGCCGCCCGGGAGGAUGGAGGCCCUCAAUGAGUCUGCCCGGUUCAACUUCUCCCUGCCGCACAACUUCGGCAAGCGGCCCACCGACUGGGCACUGAGCGUCAUCCUGGUGAUCAUACUGUUAACCAUCAUGCUCUCACUGGGCUGCACCAUGGAGUUCAGCAAGAUCAAGGUGCACUUCCGGAAACCUAAGGGGCUGGCCAUCGCCCUGAUGGCGCAGUACGGCAUCAUGCCCCUCACUGCCUUUGCACUGGGCAAGGUCUUCCAGCUGAACAACGUCGAGGCACUGGCCAUCCUGAUCUGCGGCUGCUCGCCGGGGGGGAACCUCUCCAACGUCUUCACUCUGGCCAUAAAAGGAGACAUGAACCUCAGCAUCGUGAUGACCACCUGCUCUACCUUCUUUGCCCUGGGCAUGAUGCCCCUCCUCCUGUACAUUUACUCCAGGGGUAUCUAUGAUGGGACCCUGAAGGACAAGGUGCCCUAUGGCAGCAUCAUGAUAUCACUGAUCCUGAUUCUCAUUCCUUGCACCAUAGGCAUCAUCCUCAAAUCCAAACGGCCACAAUACGUACGUUAUGUCACCAAGGGAGGGAUGAUCCUCCUGCUUUUGUGCAGCGUGGCUGUCGUAGUGCUCUCUGUCCUCAAUGUGGGCAAGAGCAUUUUGUUUGUCAUGACACCACCCUUGCUGGCCACCUCCUCCCUGAUGCCUUUCAUCGGCUUCCUGCUAGGCUACGUUCUCUCUGCCCUGUUCCGCCUCAACAGACAGUGCAGACGCACUGUCAGCAUGGAGACUGGAUGCCAAAAUAUUCAACUCUGCUCCACCAUCCUCAACGUGACCUUCCCCCCUGAAGUCAUUGGACCACUUUUCUUCUUUCCUCUCCUCUAUAUGAUUUUCCAGCUUGGAGAAGGGCUUCUCCUCAUUGCCAUCUUUCGGUGCUAUGAGAAAAUCAAGCCUUCCAAGAAUAAGACAAAAAUGAUCUACAAAGCUGAUGCAACUGAAGAAACCAUUCCAACAGCUCUGGGAAAUGGCACCCACAAAGGAGAGGCGUGCCCCCCUUGCACAGCCUAGCCUUCCCCAGUGACCUGGAUUCUGGUCAGAAGGCAAUUCAGAAAGCCAACGUGGCAAACUACACAGAGAGCAGAAAGAUGAACCACCACCAGUGGGAUCUGAGUCUUUCUCUAGCAUUUCCAGCAUAAACUAUCAGAAUCAUCAAGCCUUGCGUGGAGGACAAAGUGGGACCCUACCCCAAAAAGCGUCACCUAUUCCCAGCUUAGAACUUGAUACUUGUUUAAAAAAUAAAAGACUUAUUCAAUGACAGCCCUACGAAGGCAGGAACCAAAACUGCCUUUUGCCCUUGCAUC